GUUCCGGCAGUAAUAUAAUCAAUUAAUUACAAGCUUGGGUCAACUUCUCCACUCCAUCCCUUAUGCAUUCUUUCUUGUAAGGAUUUGUUAAUUUUGAAGACCGGAAUUCACAUUCCACGGAAAUUUCACUUUCAACGGUGGGUCUUGAAGAAAAGGAGGAAUUGGUGUCUGGGUGGUUUAGAGGAAAAAGAGUUUGUAAUACAGAUUCCACCACAUAUAUAGCAGAAAAUGUCACACUUCGAGGAUAUUCAAUCUGUUAUUAUUGACAAUGGAACGGCCAUGAUUAAGGCUGGUUUUGCAAGAUAUAGUGAGCCACAUGCUGUGUUUCCCAGCAUUGUUGCUGAUGUUGAAAAGGAUGCAUAUGUUGGCGAUGAGGCGUUGUUUAAGUAUGGUACUUCGCCUCUCAAGUACCCCAUCAAGAAUGGAGUUAUAAACAAUUGGGAUGAUAUGGAAAAGAUUUGGAGGCAUACAUUCGAUAAUGAGCUCCGUGUUGACCCAGAAGACCAUCCGGUUCUGCUAACCGAGACUCCUUUUAACCUCAAGGCUAACCGUGAGAAGAUGGCCCAAAUCAUGUUUGAGACUUUUAAGACCCCUUUUAUGUAUAUACAAAAUUGUGCCACUCUUUCACUGUAUGCAUAUGGUCGCACUACUGGCCUUGUGUUCGAUUCUGGUGAUGGGGUUAGCCACAUUUUCCCUGUGUUUGAGGGUUGUCCCCUUAAAGAGGGCAUUAAUAGUAUUGAUUUGGCUGGUUGUGACCUCACAAAUUUCAUGAAGAAAAUUUUGACUGAUCGUAAGUACUCUUUUAGCAGCUCAGCAGAGCGUGAAAUUGUGAGGGACAUGAAAGAAAAACUAGCUUACAUUGCCCUUGACUAUAACCAAGAGCUGAAAGCAAGUAAGGCAAGUUCUUUUGUGGAGAAGCGAUAUGAGUUGCCUGAUGGAAAGGUGAUCACCAUUGGUGAUGAGUGUUUCAGAUGUCCAGAGUUGUUGUUCAAACCAUCAUUGAUAAGAAGGGAAGAACCUGGCAUUCAUAAGGCAAUAUACAAUUCCAUAAUGAAAUGCGACGUUUAUUUCAGGAAACACUUGUACAAUAACAUUCUCCUUUCAGGAGGAACAACCAUGUUCCCAGGAAUUGCUAAUAGACUGAGCAAGGAAAUUUCUUUAAUAGCCCCCAAAAGUAUGAAGAUCAAUGUUGAAGUGUUACCUGAAAGAAUAUACAGUGCCUGGAUUGGUGGUUCUAUCAUGGCAUCCUUGAAGGACUUCGAUCAGAUGUGGAUUUCAAAGUUCGAAUAUGAUGAAUGUGGGGAAUCAAUUGUCAACAAAAGGUGCAUAUCAGCUGUUUGAGGAUUAAGAUACUGAAAUGAAAGCCUUCUAAAUUUUUAGAAAAAUAAAAUUAUUGAAGACUAAUAUUUAUGAUUUAUCAUGAAGCCAUAAAGUCUGUAAUACAUUAAACUACAAAGUUUACAAUUGUUACAACCA